UGUUUUCUUCUAUUUUUUUCGUCUCCGUUUAUCAUUUAUAGGACAUCGCUGUUCAUUGUUACCAGCUUGGUUUAUGCCAUCAUAUUGAUUGUCGUUUGCAUCGCUUACGUUAUAAGCGAUGUGACAACACAUCGUCUACCCGUGCUAUACUAUGAAAGCUUCUUUACGUAUUUGUAUGGUGUCAGCAUACUCUUCCUACUCUAUGUCUUCUGUUUUCUGUUACAGGAAAGUUCCUGUUGCAAUGGCGGCAACAAUCAACCGAAAUCUCCUAAAAAAGAAAAGAAAUCUAAAAAGAGCAAGGAAAAGGAUCCAGCCGAUUCGAAAGAUGCGAAAGGUGCCAAGGAUUCCGGCAAGAGUAAAGCCAGUCCUUAUCAGGAACGUUAUCCUGUAAAGAAACGUGAUUUAGUCAGACAAACUUUAUUAGCACAACAGGACUCUCAAGCUGAUGCUGAAGUUGCAGUAACACCAAAAAAUUCACGCAAACGUAAAACAACCCACAGUGAUUUGACACAUGGCAGUUUCUUUUUACGUGUCGGGGCUAUUGCUUUUGGUUUGGGUGCCAUGAUUUAUAUUGGCUUGGAAUUUGGCUCGUUCUUUGAAAUACCCUUCGAUUCACCCUGCCAUCACAUUUUGAUUGGCGUCAAUCCAUUGUUGCAGAUGAUCUUUACCUUUAUGCAAAUGUAUUUCAUCUUUAUGAAUGCCAGAUUGAAUAUCCACCGUUUCAAGGUUAUUGCCCGUUUUGGUCUAAUGCAUGUGGUAGCCACCAAUAUCUGUGUCUGGAUACGUACCCUGGUCAAAGAGUCUUUGCUUGAAAUCACUCUCUACCAUCAACGUCGUGAUCCCGAUCCCAAUGAGUCUUCGAUUGGCCAAUCGAUUCGCCAACAUGCCCUGCGUCAUGCCGGCACUGUGUUGCGCACCCAUUAUGGACCCAAUGAAGAAUUCGAAGUCUUGGAUGGUGAAGAUCUUUUGCCUAAGGAUGCAUACACCACUAAUGGUGUCCUGUCGAAAAUGUUGGCCAAAACUGUGGAUGGUAUUUCCAAAACAUUGGGUAUGGGCUCAAAUGAGGUGGCCGACCCCACGACAAGUACCACUACCACCACCACAACUACAACAAUGAGACCGGCAUUUACCACACCCUAUCAAUGGCAAAGCACUACUGUGGCACGCAAGUUGAAGAAGUUUAUCACUAGUACCACGGCGGCGGCAACCAUGGGCACAUCGUCUUCAACACCCAGCACGACGACAACAACUUCGACAUCUACCACCACAACAACCACCGCGUUGCCAGCCACCUCACCAUUGGCGACAACAACGACCACAGAAUUACCCUUUAACAGUUACCAGCAGAAUUUGUACUCCUCCACCGGUUCUCCAUUAGCUGCUGCAGUAGAACACUUGGCCUCCUCCCCAACCACCACCACAGCUGCGGCUGAGACCACCGCCUCUGCGUUUGAUACCUCUAGUGUAGCCUCCAGUGUAGCAUCAUUUUUCUCAUCUCUCAUGUCAAGCACCCCAUCAUCACCCACCACCUCAACCACCACCACAAACAUUCCCAUCUCCACUACCACCACCACUGCAUCAUCCUUGGCCGACAAGACCACCGAAAGUUCAUUAGGAUUCAUUAACAAUCUCAUGGAAAAUAGUUACCAAACCUUCUCCGGUAUUUCCCAUCCUGAAGCGGCCAGCAUUGUGACCUUUGAGAAUUUCGAAAACCUAGACAACAUCUAUCCGGCAGCCCUGUCCUCCAAUGUGGGCACCCUGAAUUCCACCGCCUGCGGUCGUGUCGAUAUUAUGGGUACCAUUGUAUACGAUUCGGCUCCCUAUUUGUAUCCCUUCAUCAUUGAGUAUUCCCUGAUUGGUGCCGUUGUCCUCUAUGUCAUGUGGAAACACAUUGGCCGCUAUCCCGGACGCAUGAACGACGAUGAUUUGGAACAUCGCCUUGAAGUGAUGUUAUCACGACGGGCUGUGGCCAUGGCUCAACAGGCACGUUCCGGUCGUGUGGACUGUGUCGGCUCCUCGAAAGGUUUAUUCUUUGGUCUAUUGUUGUUGGUGGGUGCUUUGAUAUGUUUGAUACUCUUCUUCGUCUUGGUGCGUCAUCAGCAGUUCUCGUUGCUGGCCAUUUAUUUGGCCGAUGCCAGUCAUUGUAUAUUAAUGGUAUUUGCCAUUUUGGCCAUAAUUAUUGGAUUUAUAAGAGUCAAAAAUCUGAAAUUCCGUUGUGAGGAACAAUCCAACUUGAAUGACAUCCUUUUGCGUAUCUCUGCUUUCGGUCUCUUCACCUAUUCCGUGUUCUCCGUCAUUUCGGGCAGUCUUAAGGUUUUGGAGCAUGAACCCAGCCUUUUGGUUACCACCACCAGUGCUGUUGCUGUCCUUCAAGUCAUCUUGCAGCUGUUGUUCAUUGCCGAUGUUUCGCGUCGCCGUGUCCAUUUACCCGAACAUGAUCGCAGCAAACCGGGUCGUCAAAUUGUCACCUUCUUGUUGAUCUGCAAUGUGGCCAUGUUCGCCAUUUACACAUUUGAUGCUCAAAAAGUAUACGCCAAUCCCGUGCAAUUGGACUUCUAUGGCUAUGUACCAUGGGCCAUUAUACAACGUGUUACACUGCCUUUAUGCAUUUUCCAUCGUUUCCAUAGUGCUGUAACACUAGCUGAGAUCUGGAAGACCACCUAUAAGGCGCGUUUGGAAUAA